CCCUUCUUUGGAGCUUCCCUUUUCCCAUACCUCGCGUUCUUAUAUUUUUUGAAUCGACCAGAAAACGAGACACCAAAAGGUGUGACGGUUGGUUUCGCCACAUGCCUGUUGUUUGUCUUUCUGACAAUUCCGGCCGCCAUUGCUGCGAAGCUACUAUAUGGAGUUUCUUUGGCGGACAGUGAUUGGUUGCAUGGAGGUGCGGAAUCGCUUCUGACAGUUACAAAUCUUAUAACGGUGGUA